CCAAACAUCAAUCCAACACAACCUCAGCCGUUUCCAGUGCGCAUGCCACCAACCCACGAGCUUCGAUCCCACAACGGCAGACCCCGAUCCGCGCCACAAUACACAUAAUCGCAACCGAUCGUCACAGCAGCAGCGAAGAUGUCGUCGUCCGCCGCAGCAACGGAGAAGGACAAGUCCAAGGUCCACAAGCUGUCCCUCAAGGGCAGCUCCAAGCUCGUCGCCGAAUUCUUUCACUAUUCCAUCCACACAAUCCUCUUCCAGCGCGGCGUGUACCCGGCGGAAGACUUCACAGCAGUCAAGAAGUACGGCCUGAACAUGCUCGUCUCCUCGGACGACCAAGUAAAAGCAUACAUCAAGAAGAUCAUGUCCCAGCUCGACAAGUGGAUGCAGCACGGCAAGAUCAGCAAGCUCGUCAUCGUCAUCACGGACAAGGACACAGGGGAGCACGUCGAGCGGUGGCAAUUCGACGUCCAAAUCUUCAACUCGAAAUCCUCGUCGUCAAAAUCAAAACCAACCUCCUCCUCGUCAAAAUCAUCAUCGUCAGAAAACGCCGCCCCGCAGGCCGGACCCGGCUCGACAUCUCCCGACCCCAACAAGACCGAGGCCGAGAUCCAGGCCGAGAUCGCCGCGCUGUUCAGGCAGAUCACCGCGUCCGUCACGUUCCUGCCGCAGCUCCAGGGCGGGGACUGUACGUUUAACGUGCUCGUCUACGCCGACAGCGACAGCGACGUGCCUGUCGAGUGGGGCGACAGCGACGCAAAGGAGAUUGUCAACGGGGAGAAGGUCCAGCUGCGCGGGUUCAGCACGUCGAACCACCGCGUCGACACGCUGGUGAGCUACCGGCUGGGGGAGUGAAACAGGUGCGAACCCGUGCGCGCAUGACCACAUUGAGGAGUGGAGAAUAGAUCUUGGUAGUGAGGGUGGUGGUAGUUGUAAUCUAAGUGUCCAUGGGCGCGGGCGGAAAAGAGUGCAAGUGAUGAUCAUACCCUAGGGUAUGGGACUGCAUACGGUGCGAGCUAGAGCCCAGCACGUCCAUGGCACGCAUCAGGCUGCAUGGCACACUGCUGCCUCAAAGUUUGUACUCGGGGUGAAACACUUGACCGAGAAGCGGCCGGAUGCAGGGAGAAAGCUUGACAUCCAGCUGAGUGAAGUCUCCCUUUAGACAGGCGACAUGGCCUGGAAGCGCCAGGCAUGCACUUUCAUGAUCGAAAGCGAUGUCGACACACUCAUGCACAACCUAGAGAACAAACAUGAAAACAUCCUGUGUCAAUUGCUCACUCCA